CAACAUUUUUGCAGCGAAUAAAAUAUCAUACGUUUAUUAAAUUCUGCGUUUUUGCAACAACCAUUAUUUUUUAUUUUUGUGGCUAAUCAAAAAUAUCUGCACAACAUACUAUUUUGAUAAGAAUGGAUUUUUAUUUUUUUCUACAUCUAUAAUAAUUCAAGCAAUAAGCAUUUCAUUUAAAAUUUAAGAUUGUUUUAUUAGUUGUACAGUGUAAAGUUAAAUACUCCCUAACAAAAUAUGGGUAAAUGUAAUAUAAUAUCAUUUUUAAUGUGUUUAUUGUUUUAUAAUUUAUUCUUUAGUUUUAUAAUAUUUAGUUUACUAAUAAUAUUUUGAACUUUCAGCCGUUUCUACAGGUAUGUCAUUCUUUAUCUCAACACUGUUGCUUAUGGCUGUAUUUUCAUUCAUGCAUCUGAACAGCAAGUGGUUAACAUCAAGUUCUACACUCAUCAUAGGUACCGGUUUUCUUGGAUCUGUGUUGUUUACAUUGGCUUUAACUGUAUCCUUUUAUAAUUUACAAGUAAAUAUAAGGGAUAUAAAUUAUAGUAUGAAAAAUUUAAUGACAAGUAAAUAAAUGCUUAACUAAGUACAUGAGUUUGACACAAAUGAAAUAUAAUUAAUAAGAACUAUAAAUUAUGCAGGUUAUGCAAUUAAUGCCUACAAAAUAUGUGUUAAGAAAUAGUGAAUUGGAUUAGUUUAUCUGGAAGUAAAAUUAAAAAAAUGGCUGAUCAAUAGACUUUGUGAUAGGUAGAAAUAUAAUUUUACAAGUUAUCCAAGUAAAUAUGUUAAGAAUAAUUUAACCGUGAAACCUAAAAAAAUAAAAUAAGAAUAAUAAAUAAAUACAAUUAUAUAACUAUUAUUAUGCUGGUAAGGGUGGCCUUGAAAAUAACCGUUUCAAUUUCAAAAGCCUAGACAUUCUUGUACCAGUGUUGGUAAGAUAAGUUUGCGUUAUUUAUCCUGGGAUGGACUUGUUUAUUGCGAUGCAAGGGACUUAUUUUUAUUAAUCCUAGCACUGAAUACAAUAAGAUAAACUAUUAUUAUUUAAUUUACCUUAACUAAUCAAUUACCAGGCCAUAAGUAAUUUAAUGACACUAGUUAUGGGAGAAAGAUAUCAAGCAAGCUUCUUUCCAGAAAGUAAGUAAAACAAAUUGUUUAAAUAUCCUAUAAACUAAGAUAAAUUUGUUAAACAAUUUAUCUAAGUGAUUUGUUGUAAUUAUUUUUAUUAUUCUGACUAUGUAAACAAUAUAGUAAGAUACUUCGUACGAUGAGUGGGCCACUAUUGUAGGUGAGAGGUUGGGAAGAUAUGAUAUAGAGAAUUUGAUGUAUUAUCUGUUAGCAACGAUUAAUCUUUUCUAACAAAACAUGAUUUUGCGCUUAGUUUGGUUACACAUAUUUUAAAAAAACUAUAAUAUUAAGAUUUGAAAAUUGUACAUUUCAUAAGUUUUGCCAUUUAUUACAACUUAUUACACUGAAAAUCUGAGCAAAAUUUCUGGUAGAAGAGUUGUUCAGAUGAAAAAAAAAUAUUGUAAAACCAAUACAUUUCUCGUUUCGUUCAAAAUCUAAAAUAUUUAAAUUUAUUUAUAUUUUUACCAAAACAAAUUUCUUUUAACUGUAAGAUUUAUUAUUUUUAUUAUUCAAUUAAAUAUCUUAUAAUGAUAAUUAUAUUUUAGUAAUGACUUUUUUUAAAAAAUAUUUUAUUGAAAAUUCACUAAUAUUUUAGACUUGUAAUAAUUUUUAACAGUUCCUAAUUAAAUAAUUUCUUUUUUUUAGUUGUGUUAUCAUUAUUGUUUACUUUCUUCAUAUGUGUGUCAAUUCACAGAGUAUGUGCUACAACCGGGUAAAUAUUAUUAUUUUUAAUAAUUGUAUAAUAAUCUCCAAUUUGUGUUACAUUGACAUUUACAUUAUUAUAAUAUUUUCAGUUUGCUGUUUUCAUUAUUUGCUCUUUACAAUAUUUAUAAUAUUUCUCAAAAAACAUACAAUUCCAGUACAUUAAUAAAACAACCUAUUGUGCAUAGCAAAAAGAAGAAACAUUAAAUCAAAAUUACGCAUAUUACCAUUAUUAAAUAUACAAUAUACGCAUUUAAUUUUUGUAUUAUUUACUAUGUUCAUUAUUGUAAUUUAUUUUAAAAAUAAGGUUCAAUAGCUUUUUUAUUAUUAUUUUUUUUUUAUUUAUACAUGUAAUUUAAUAUUAUAAUUGUUUGGGCUUCUCAAAUAUCAUUUAUAUUUAUUCAAAAAUUUGAAACUACAGCAUAGAUGUUACUUUUUUUACUAUAAUCUAAUACAAUUAGUAUUUUUAAAUAUAAGGAUAAACUCGUUUAUUUUUCAAAGUACAAUAAUAUAGAAUAAUAUUAGAAUUAUCUAAUUAGUAUUAUAAUACUAAUGUAAGUUCUUGUAUGGCUAAAUAAUUAAGUAUAUCAUAUUUUAAAUUAAAAAUAUUUAUAAGUAAUUAUGACUAUAUUUACGAGAUGCUACUAUAUAAGUAUAAAGGAUAAAAUAAAAUGAAAUCAUUAAUCAUAAAAAUACAGCUACCUUGUUGUUUUAGUUCUACAGACAACAUGGCAACUGCAGUAUAUGAUCUAUCAUUUUUACCACUUUAUAGGGGUAUUUAGUUGUGUCAGUGUGUUGAUGGUUUCUUAGUUGCAGUUAAAUAUAAAGUGUGAUAAAGGUGGGCUAUCUUUAUGACACGAAAAACUGAUUAAUGAUGGUAUAGAACAAUAUUUGCAUAGGUAGGUAUCAUAAAAUAUAAAUUAGUGGAUUUUAUCUUGUAUUAAUGUCAUAUAAAAUCUAUUAAACACUGUUAUCAUUUAAAAUAUAAUUAGUAAUUAGAAAAAAAAAAUUAUUUCUAAUAAGACUUAAAAUACUUGUGCCAUGUACUUUAAAAAAGUAAUAAAUGUGUCAUUUUUAUUGAAUUCCCCCACAAUGUGUCAAUAAAUUAUAAAUACUAAUUGUAAUCCUGUAGUAGAAUACAUAUAGCAAGAUAAAGAAAUGAAAAAAAAACUGAGAAAAAUGAAAAUAAUAAAGUAUUAUAAUAAAUAGAAAAAAAAAGACAAACAUACUUUGCAUGAUGGGUGACACUGUUGAAGGUGAUAAGUUGGAAAGGUAGAAUAUAAGAGAGAAUUUAAUGUAUAUCUGUAUGCAAGGAUUAAUGAUGAAAAACUAGUCUGAGCAAAAUUCGGCUAAACACGUUUUAAAAGGCCGAAAUAUUUAUGAUUUUUGUCAAAAUUUGAUUCUAAAAUUCUUAUUAAAAAAUAAAAAAACUAUUAAACUCAAAUUUUCUUGUUGACUAAUUACAACUUUAAUGUAACAUCUGUUAAAUUUACAAGCAUUUCUGUUUAAUAUAACAAUUUUAUCUAUAGAGUUUAGGUUUAAAGGAAGUUAAAUAUUUCUUAGUAGGUACUAAAUUUAGCUAUUAAACAAAUAAAACAAACACACAUGUUAUUAGAAACAAAUAAAUGUUCAAUUUUAGAAUCACAUCAAACACAUUUUCAUAGAAAAUAAUUUGGUAUACCAAUAAACUUAAUUCUUUCUGUGUAUGUAUUAUGCCCGACUUUUCUUUAAUGAUAAAAAUACUUGAAUAAAUCACCAUAUUGAGUUUUAAAAUAUGAUAAUAGAUCAUACAGACUUAUAUUCACUGACUGGUAUUAAUAUAUAUUAGAAUGUCUUGCACUGUUCACCAUCGACUCCACUUUGUUUGCUGUAUCUCUGAUAGCUUCUGGCAAUUCAGGUAGGUCUAGAGUGGUAGUUAAGUGUGCGGACAAACGUUUGUACAUUGAAUCUUUUUUAGAUCUUCCACUGAAAU